UGAUAAAAAUGAUUGAAGGCCGAAACUAGUGCAGCCUCAAUUCGAUGGUAACGCAUGGAUCAUUCUGGAAUAGAAUUUUAAAAAACGGCAUCCAACUCUGAAUAAACAUUUUGUGCCAAAAAAACAUCUAUAUCUUUAGAAAUGUCGUCUUUUAACCCCAUAAAUGUAUUACAUACAGGUGGUGAGGAAGAAAGAGCUGAAACAGCUCGUCUUUCCUCGUUUGUAGGUGCUAUCACAAUAGGAGAUUUAGUUAAAACAACUUUGGGCCCCAAGGGAAUGGAUAAAAUUUUAGUUUCAAUGGGCCGUGAUGGUAGAGGAAAUGGUGAAAUACAAGUCACAAAUGAUGGAGCUACCAUAUUACGUUCAGUUGGUGUUGAUAAUCCUGCUGCUAAAGUUUUAGUCGACAUAUCGAAAGUUCAAGAUGAUGAGGUUGGUGAUGGCACAACAAGUGUAGCUGUACUUGCCAGUGAACUUCUUCGUGAAGCUGAAAAACUAAUAGCACAGAAGAUACAUCCUCAAACUAUUACCCAGGGUUGGAGAAAAGCUUGUAAGGCUGCAUCUAAAGCUCUUGAAGAAUCUGCUAAAGAUAAUGGUAAGAAUCCAGAGAAAUUUAGAGAAGACUUAAUGAACAUUGCUAGAACAACUUUGAGUUCAAAAAUUCUGUUUCAACACAAAGAACAUUUUUCAACCUUAGCUGUAAAUGCAGUACUGCGGUUAAAAGGAAGUGGUAAUUUAGAUGCAAUUCAAAUUAUUAAAAAGCUUGGAGGUUCUCUUAAUGAUUCUUAUUUAGCUGAAGGAUUUCUUUUGGAGAAAAAAAUUGGGAAUAAUCAACCUAAAGUUAUAGAAAAUGCAAAAAUUCUAAUUGCUAAUACUGCUAUGGAUGCAGAUAAAAUAAAAGUGUUUGGUUCACGUGUACGAGUAGACUCUGUUGCAAAAGUUGCCGAGUUAGAGCUUGCCGAAAAAGAAAAAAUGAAGGAUAAAGUAAAUCUGAUUUUAAAACAUGGUAUUAAUUGUUUUGUUAAUCGUCAAUUAAUUUAUAAUUAUCCAGAACAGCUCUUUGCUGACGCUGGAGUCAUGGCGAUUGAACAUGCUGACUUUGAAGGUGUAGAAAGAUUAGCUCUUGUGACUGGCGGUGAAAUUGUUUCAACUUUUCAUAACCCUGAACUUGUCAAACUUGGUCGUUGUAAGCGUAUUGAAGAAAUAAUGAUAGGUGAAGAUAAAUUAUUAUACUUCUCUGGUGUCGAAUUGGGUGAGGCAUGUAGUGUUGUUUUACGUGGUGCUACUCAACAAAUUUUAGAUGAGGCAGAACGUUCACUUCACGACGCUUUAUGUGUGCUUCAGCAGACUGUUAAAGAAACUCGAAUUGUUUAUGGAGGUGGAUGCUCUGAGAUGCUUAUGGCUAAUGCAGUUAACAAACUGGCUUCUGAGACACCUGGAAAAGAAGCUAUGGCCAUUGAAGCAUUUGCUCAUGCUUUGAGGCAAUUACCUACUAUUAUUGCCGAUAAUGCAGGUUACGACAGUUCUGAAUUGGUAUCCCAGUUACGUGCUGCACAUACUUCUGGAAAUCAUACUGCUGGACUUGACAUGGUUAAUGGGCAGAUAGGAGAUAUGGUUGAGCUGGGUAUAACGGAAUCUUAUAAAGUUAAAUCUCGUGUUUUAACAUCUGCUGCUGAGGCUGCUGAAAUGAUUGUUCGUGUUGAUGACAUCAUUAAAGCUCCCCCUCGACAGAGGGUGCCUGAGACUGAUUGUCAUUAGAAUGCUACACUCUAAUAUCUUCUCAUUUAUUUAUAACGGAAUGUUACUGUAGAAUACAAAUCUAUUAUGAUCA